UGAGCAUGAGAACAAGAGAUAGAAGAAGGAGAGAGAGACAGAGAAUCACGAUGGUUGAGUUCAAAUGGAUUCAAAUGUCUUUAUUUCUUAUAGCGCUGCUUCACUUUACAGCAGCAGCUGAAAAACUCCUCUCUGUCAGAGUUGGAGAUGACGUCACUUUGCCUUGUGAUAAUGUGAUUGAUGGUCAGCAAAGAUGUGAAUAUACUACAUGGCUGUUCAGUGCUUCAGGAAACACAGCAGCAGUAGCGCUGUUUGAACAUGGACAGAUCAAAAACACCAACUCUAAAUCAGACAGACAGAGUGUUACAGAGAACUGUUCUCUGGUUAUAAAGAAGGUCACAGUCGAGGAUGUUGGUCGUUACACCUGCAGACAGUUUAUAUCAGGACAACAACAAGGUCCAGACUCUCAGGUUGAUCUGUCUGUUAUUACCAUGACUGAACAUAAGGACUCUGAUAAGGUGACAUUAAGCUGCUCUGUGUCGACAUAUGGACGAUGUACACACACAGUGAAGUGGCUGUAUGAGGGUCAAGAUCUGGAUAAAGAUAACCAAGUAGUGAAGACAUCACAGUCUCCCUGCAAUGUCUCUGUGACCUUUAAGACUUCUCAUUACAUUGACACAUCAAACUAUAACUCAUUGAAGUGUGCAGUGACUGAUGGUAACAAAGAGCAGCAGACCUUCAGACUUCAGCCCUCAGCUGAGAAACCAGGUGAGGAGACAAUAACAACAACAACAACAACAACAACAACAACAACAACAACAGAACUAACAACAACUGAAAACAGCAUAGAACCAGGAACCAAAACGACAGUGUCUUCAAUCAAUGAUACUUCAACACAACUAAAAGGUGAGGACACAAUAACAACAACAACUGAAAACAGCAUACUAACGGGUACCCACACGACAGCGUCUACAAUCAAUGAUACUUCAACAGAAUUAAAAGGUGAGGAGACAAUAACAACAACAACAACAACAACAACAACAACAACAGAACUAACAACAACUGAAAACAGCAUAAAAUCAGGAACCAAAACGACAGUGUCUUCAAUCAAUGAUACUUCAACACAACUAAAAGGUGAGGACACAAUAACAACAACAACUGAAAACAGCAUACUAACGGGUACCCACACGACAGCGUCUACAAUCAAUGAUACUUCAACAGAAUUAAAAGGUGAGGACAGAAUAACAACAACAACUGAAAACAGCAUACCAACGGGUACCCACACGACAGCGUCUACAAUCAAUGAUACUUCAACAGAAUUAAAAGUUUGGUGGCAGUGGUUCAUCAUUGUGUUUGUGAGUCUUGCAGCACUCUUAAUAAUCAUUGUUGCUGUCAUCAGAUGGAAGAGAACUAAAGGAAAGAAAUCACAGACGGAUAAAAACAAUGUACAGAGCUUAAACCCUGCAGAGAAUCCAGAAACCUGUCAGGACACGGCUGAUCCUGAAGAUGGUGUUUCCUACGCCUCCAUCAGCUUCACCAAGAAGACCAACAGUAAAGGCCGGGUUCGGGGUAAAGGUGAUGAUGAUGAUGAUGAUGAAACAGUGACCUACGUCACUGUGAAAGCUUCCUCUUCUUCUGCUGGAGCCUCUGCUGAUCCCACCAACCUCUACGCCACCGUCAACAAACCAAACAAAUAAGAGACCACAGUAUAGUUACAGCUCAUAUCAUCACACUUAUUUUACAUUGAUAACUGAUACUGAUAAAUGUUUGACUGUGUUUCUGUAUUAGAUGAUCAUUUUCAGGAUUUAUUGCUGUAAUAAGCCUUUUUGUCCAGAAGGGGAAGUAGUAGGUUAACUAGUAGCACAAUGUGAAAAGCAAAAGUAAUAAACAGUGGAGAAAGAAGUAUUUAUCAGAAUCAGAUCAGAAUCAGAACUUUAUUGAUCCUCUGGGGGGAAAUUAGUUUUGUUACAGUUAUUCAAGGUGCUCAGACAUUAAAGAAAUAAUAAAAAGAAGAAGAAUGUUAAAAUGGGUAUUAUAUUACAAUAUCUAACAACAAUGUAUAUAGAGAAAAGAAAAAUAGAUACAAUCGGAGUCUGAACUGUACAUUAUAAUACAAUAUAUAAAAUAUACAAAUAUAUGUUUGCUAAUAGAAAUAUAUGUAUGUCAGAUCCUUUACUUCAGUACUUAAGUAAAGUAAGUAUAAUCAGUCAAAUCUACUUUAAAUACCAAAAGUAAAAGUACUCAUUAUGCAGUAAAAUGGUCUCUGUCAGUGUUUUACUAUUAUAUAAGAUGUGUUUGGAUUAAUAUUACUGCUGCAUUAAUGUGUAUGUUGCAUUUUACCGCUGUACAUGUUUAAGGUUGAGCUCAUUGUAACUACUUUAUCUACUGUAGUGUAGUUUAAUCUAAAGCAAUGCAUCAUAUUCUGUGAAACCAUCAUAUGUCUGUAGUGUUAUUGUCCUUUAGGAACCAACUAUCCACGUUUUAGCUUUGUGACAAUGUAUUUUCCAGCUGAUCCAAGAAGGUUUUUAAAUAGUUUGUUCAGGUUAAGACACAUAAAGACACUUCAUCCUUCAGUUUAUCAGAAACAUUCAACAUCACCAAAUCUGGAGAUACAUGGUAUUCACUGGACAGGAAGGGUAUGAGAAAAUGUAAUCUGAAAGGUAACUAGUAACUAAAGCUGUCAGACAAAUGUAAUGGAGUAGAAGUAUAAAGUGUAAUAAAUGGAACCUGGAAUUUGUACUUAAGAACAGAACUUGAGCAAAUACACUUAGUAACAUUUCACCGCUGGUAAUAACACAUUAUAUGACUGCUUGAAAUGUAAAUAAACAUUAUUCUGCUA